GCCUCCACGGCGCCGCUUUGUGACGUAGCGACGCGCAAACAGUCACACAAGAGGAAAGUGGAAAGUUGCCUUCUUUAAGAAAAAUGGAUGAGAAGUUGAUCCUCGCGGUCUACGAAUACCCAGAGCUUUAUAAUUCUACGCUCCCAAUAUAUCGUAACCUUGACAGGAAAGCAGAUGCUUGGCGGAAGAUCGGCGCUUUAGUGGGGCUGUCCGCGGACGAGGCCAAGAGGAAGUGGAAGAACCUGCGGGACCGGUACAUAAAGGAGAUUAAGGUGGACCGGACCCGGGGCGGGGCUGGCCGAGCCACUCACAAGCAGUGGCGCUUCCAGCACUUUCUGGAGUUCCUGAAGCCGUUCGUGAGGGACAGGCAGCGGCGGGCGGGAGACCGGGUGGAGGGACAGGACUACAGCGCCACCUCCGACGAGGGCGAUGACAAGCGCCGCCUAAACCUGCCGGCCAAACUGGAGCCGCGACGGGCGCCCAAACUGGAGCCCGUGCCCGUGCCCGUGCCCCAGCUGGCCCAGCUCACCCAGCUGGCCCUGGUGACCCAGCUCACGCCCAUACCCCCGCCGCGCUCCCUGACCCUGCCCAUGCCGGGCUCCGCCCCCGGCUCCACCCUCACCCUCGCCCCCGCCCAAUCCUCCUCGGGCCCCGUGGCCAGAAACACCUACAGGAAGAGGAAGCGGUCGGACAGCGGAGACCUGCUGACCGACGAAGAUGAACUCUUCCUCCUCAGCCUGGCUCCGGCCAUGAAGAGACUCAGCCCCCAGAAACGCUGCCAGGCCAAAAUCAGAAUGCAGCAGAUCAUGUUCGAGGUGGAGUUCAUGUGAGAGGACACACACACACACACACACACUCACAAAACACAACCACUAACACCACACACGCACACAUACACACAGAGUAGUUUAUGUUCAGUCGCCUAUCCCCUAGAGUUGAGUAUUUUGUUAUGUUUUUGGAAUACACAAUAAAAGUUCCUAUGUUGUGUAAUUAUCUGGAAUAA